AGGAAUGGCCGAGAAUUGAUGCUACUAGGCCGAUCUGGAAUCUCUCCACUGAUUCGGGCAAUGCUGUACCCAGCUUUCGGACAAGCGAUCACUUAGUCAAAAGAACUGCGUUUAUGACUACCAAGCCUCCUAUCGCUUUGCUGUAUCUCACUAACCUGUUCCUCUACCACCUCGACGCUUAUCGUUCGAUCAACUACAACAUAAACGUCAAGGUUCUAACGGCACACUGAGCUGCGGCUGUGCUCAGCGUUCUGUGGGAUAUGGUGCAGCCUGAGACAAAUGCAGAGGUCCAAGAAACCUCAUCUCAGACUGCCAUAGCCAAAUCAAAUCCACAGGAAAAUGUUCGGGAUCGGGGGAAAUCAACGUCACCAGUAGCUUCUCCUGGAUCUUCUGAAGGGAAGAGGGGCAGAUCGCGAACCCGUGGCACACCCAGCACGAGCAUACUGUCCGAGUAUAAGCCUGAUCGUCAAGGGUACCACUCGCUAAUGUCGUCUUUCGGGAAGGUGUUUCACGUUGAGAAACGCUGGAAGCUAAUACGAGAAAUGGGCUCUGGUGCUUAUGGCUACGUGAUUUCUGCCGUCGACGAAAUAUCUGGCGAACCGGUCGCGAUAAAGAUGGUUACUCGAGUGUUCGAGAAGGUACAACUAGCCAAGAGAGCAUUGCGUGAGAUCACGCUACUCAGACAUUUCUCGCAUGAGAACAUCACCGGUCUGAUCGAUGUCGACUGUUCGCCAAAUCUCGAAGAAAUAUACAUCUUUAUGGAGCCUAUGGAAGCUGACCUACACCAGAUCAUCAAGUCUGGUCAGAAGCUUUCGAACGAGCAUGUCCAAUAUUUCGUCUAUCAGAUCCUCCGAGGUCUCAAGUACAUCCAUUCAGCUUCCGUUGUCCAUCGUGACCUUAAGCCUGGCAAUCUGCUUGUCAACGCCGACUGUGAACUGAAGAUAUGCGACUUUGGACUAAGUCGAGGAUUUGACAUAAGUUACGACAGUCCGACAAUGAUGACAGAGUAUGUGGCUACAAGAUGGUACCGUGCACCAGAGAUCAUGCUCGCAUUUCGUGGCUAUAGCACUUCUAUCGACAUGUGGUCCGUUGGCUGUAUAUUAGCGGAGCUAUUACUCGGUAAACCAUUGUUUAAGGGAAAGGAUUAUGUCGAUCAACUCAACAAAAUCCUCGACAUUCUCGGGACACCGCCAGAAGAUGUAAUCAAGAGGGUUGGAAGCGAAAAGGCGCAAGUUUACAUCAGGUCAUUACCCCGUAAACGGCCUGCAUCUUUCAAAAAGCUUCUUCCCAAUGCUGAUAUACAGGCUCUGGACCUCCUACAACAACUCAUUGCUUUCGAUCCGGCGGUUCGCCUUAACGCUGUUCAAGCUCUGGAACAUCCAUGGCUAUCCUCUUACCACGAGGAGGAAGAUGAACCAGUAUGCCAUCGCAAAUUCGACAGGUGGAAAGACCUCGAGAUGAUAGAAACGUUGGAGCAAUAUCGUGAAUCACUCCUGAAUGAGAUUCAGGAAUGCAGGCGGGAAGUUCGUAGUGCAAGCUCUCACAGAGACCUCUCUCCUCCGCGAAGUCCAAGCAUGGGAGUCCAACCAAUUGCGGAAGAGGAGGGAGAGGAGGACCAUUUGACUCCUAUGCCAUUUCCUACUCGAGGUAGGGCUAGUCGUUCACCAGGAAAGCCGCAAAGCCCAGAUUCUGUCACGAAAGAGAGCCAAGACCAGGCAGUGGCCGAAGCGAUCGCGGAGGCCCAGGCUAGUAGCAUUCUUCCCGAGACUGACCCUGUUGUUGCGUAUGCUCGACGAUCGAGCAUGUUUGUCCCCUCACGAACGAACUCAUCAUACUCUGUUCAUCGGGUACCUCCACCACCUAGCGCUGAGGUACCUGGGAAUACGGUUGUCUUCCCUUCGGCGGGUCGAGAGUACGUUGUUCCAGGACGUACUCGGACGGCUUCCACCUUUGGAUACGGCGCAGGCGGUUAUCCUUCUGAAGAUCGCAGAAGACUGCUUCGUACACUGUCAACGGUGUCUAUUUAUGAGAGUGGUGAAGGUCAUGCAGGCGGGUUGGCAGAUAUUGCGCCCAUUGGCAAAUACAUCGUCGAGAAUCACCGGACUGGCGACGAUGAUGUGGCCUCAGGGAUUCCAAUGGAGCUUGAGGAAGUAGACGAGCAUGCUGUCGAGGAGGAGGAAGAAGGUUCAUUAGACGAUGCUGGGGAUCGUAAGCGUCGUUUCACUAUAGAAUAAUUGGUAGGUUCAUUGUAUGGCUGGAAGAUCUAUGAUGUAUAGUAGAUAGAACUGAUGAUAGAGUAUACUCGAACAUGCAUUUGAUCACGCUUUAAUACUGAUUGGAUAUCGAUACAAGUGCAAUAGAAAAUGUUAAUGAUACAUAAGGUCCGGAUGAUUGCAAGCCAUAAUUAUGCGACUAGUCUCCUAGCUGUUGCUUAAUUU